GCGCGAAACGGCCAAGAGGGGAUAAAAAAAUACGCGCGAAAUUUCCCAAUAGAUAAUAGGAAAGGGGGGACACGCUUGUGGCCGCGUUUGGCUCCGCUUUGUCUUGCUCGUUCGCUUGUUGCGAGGCUGCAACCCCUAUCCUCUCUCUCUCUCUCUCUCUCUCUCUCUCUCUCUCUCUCAGGCUGUCGCGGCAGUUCGUUUCUUGCUUGUGUUUGUCCCGAAUCCGCACGAGCUUGGGUUGGGCUUCCACUGCCCCCAUCUGCUGUACGUGCUCUGUUAGGGAAUCUGUCAGGUUUUCCGAUGAUUUGAGCUUCAUUUCGGGAGGAAAUCUUCCCCGCGACUUUCCUUUGUUUGCUGGAUAGAGAGGUGGAGGUCGCUGUACUUUCCUCGUUCCAUCUUGAAUCUGCAGAUUCCUGCUUGGUUUAGUAGCAUCCGUCGUUGCGCCUUGUCGAAUUCCCUGUUUUCAUGUCUCGCAGAGCCACGAAAUCCUCGUGCAAAAGGCUUGAAUCUUUGGAGCUGGAAGGGAAGCUUCGAUCUUUCAGGCCUCCCAAAUCUCGGUAGCAGCACGCACUGAAGCUUCUAUAACCUUCUAAUCGCCUCGCGCCCCUUCUAGAACCAUGGAGGCCUCCACCAUUAGCUUCUCGUCCCCGUCCUCGUCGCCCCAGUCCACGCCGCCGCCGCCGCCGCCGCGGGCCACGCCGACCGAGCUCGAGGCCGUCAGGCUCCGCCGCCUCAGCGACAACCUCGAGCGCCUCCUCGACCCGGCCUUCCUCGACUGCGCGGACGCCGAGGUCGCGCUCGCCGCGGGGAAGGGCGGCGCCGCCGUCGGCGUCCACCGCUGCAUCCUCGCCGCUAGGAGCGCCUUCUUCCGCGACCACUUCGCCUCCCUCCCGCCGCCUGCCGCCGUUGGAGAGAAACCACGGCUGGAGCUCGCCGACCUGGUCCCCGGGGGCCGCCACAUCGGCCAGGACGCCCUCGUGCCCGUCCUCGGGUACCUCUACACCGGCCGCCUCAAGUCGGCGCCGCAGGAUGCCACCGUCUGCAUGGACGACGCGUGCGGACACGGGGCGUGCCGACCGGCGAUUGACUUUGUCGUCGAGUCCAUGUACGCCGCAUCUGGCUUCCAGAUCUCCGAGCUUGUCUCCCUCUUCCAGCGCCGUCUCUCGGACUUUGUUAGCACAGCUCUGGACGAAGAUGUGGUGCCGAUUGUUCAUGUUGCUUCCACCUGUGAGCUUCAGGACCUGCUCAAUCAGAGUCUUCAGAGGAUUGCAGUCUCUAGUCUCGAUAGCCGGUACCUCGAGAAGGAGCUUCCAGAUGAUAUAUACUGCAAGAUCAAGGAAAUCCGCCAGAGUGUGUUUCAUGAUGAAUCAGAGAACGCUAUUCUGGACCCUGAGCAUGAGAAGAGGGUUAGAAACAUCCUCAAGGCCUUGGAUUCUGACGAUGUUGACCUUGUUGGCUUGCUGUUAAAGGAGUCUGCAGUCACCUUGGAUGAUGCAUUCGCUGUACACUAUGCUGCAGCCUACUGUGAGCCUAAAGUGUUUGCGGAAUUGUUGAAACUGAAUUCUGCCAAUGUGAAUCUGAAGAAUAACAGUGGGUAUACACCGCUGCACAUAGCUUGCAUGAGGCGAGAACCGGAUAUCAUUCUUUCGCUUGUGGAGAGGGGAGCCUCUGUGAUGGAGAGGACCCCGGAUGGGCGUGAUGCUUUUACUAUUUGCAAGAGACUAACAAGAGAGAAAGACUGCAACAGGAAGUUGGAGAAGUGCGAGGAGAAAAGCAAGGCUUACUUGUGUAUCGACAUAUUGGAGCAAGAACUUAAGAGGAAAUCCUUCAUUUUGGACCAGAUCUCCAUAGAGGAGUCAAUUGCCACACCUUUGCUGGUUGAUAAUUUUCACAUGAGGCUCAUAAACUUGGAAAACAGAGUUGCCUUUGCAAGAAUAUUCUUCCCGUCUGAAGCCAAGCUUGUCAUGCGCAUAGCACAAGCUGACUCAACUGAAGAGUUUGCUGGCAUCAGAAAUUUCAGUAAACUGAAGGAGGUGGAUCUAAAUGAGACCCCCACGAUGCAAAACAAGAGGUUGCGUGAACGCCUCGAUGCCUUAACAAAGACAGUUGAGCUUGGGAGGCGAUACUUCCCUCAUUGUUCAGAUGUUCUUGACAAGUUCCUCAUUGAAGAAUCCACCGAUUUGAUUUACCUUGAAACUGGCACUCCAGAGGACCAGCAUCUCAAGCGGAUGCGCUUCUCUGAACUCAAAGAGGACGUGCGCAAGGCCUUCACAAAAGAUAAGGCAGCUGUUACAGCCAUAGCUUCCUCAGCAUCCUCAUCUUCGUCUUCAAGGUACGAAGGGAGGGGUAGACAAUCCAACAGGAAAUCGAAACAAUCACGAUGAUAUCAGUAGUUUAAGUUGCAAUCUGUUCAAAACACAUGACUUUGAGAAAGGUGGGAGAAGGAAAGAUUGUAGGUUGUUUUGACAACGUGUAGCACAAUGAAGCAAUUCGACCCAGCCUGGCGAGAAUUUUCUGUAGCUGCUGUGCUUUGACAUGUUAUGCUGUUUCGGUAGAUAAUUUCCAAGUGUUGAUUGGCAGUUUUGCAGCCACUCAACUUGUCUUGCAUGUUAAAACUUAAAACUGCUUUUUGGCUGGGACAUGGAGAAGUGGUGCUAAUAUAAAUAUGUAUAGAAAAUAGUUGUACUCCUGUAGA